CUCAGUGCUUAAAACGCUGAAAUAUUGACAAAAGAAAACGAAAGCAAGAAACCGAGCUAUCGAUUCUGUCUACUCUCCGAUGCUCUCAGAUUGAUCUCACCUUUAAUUGCUCUUACAUCCGUAUCUCGAAUCCGCUAAGGAAUGGCAUCAAUGGUCGCCAAGGCAUGUAGUAAUAAUGCCACUCAAAUAUCGGCACUUGUGACAGUUUCGGAAAAAGGAAGUAGGAAUAAGAGGAAAUUCAGGGCCGAUUCACCUUUAUGUGAUCCGAAUAAGAUAACCUCUGCUCCUCAGAAUGAAUUCACAAGCUACGAAUUUUCUGUGGAUAAAUUUGGAAUAAUCCCAAGUUUUGUGGGCUCCAAUGGGUGUGAUACAUGCAGUGUUAAAAAUGAUACUUCAGAAGUUUUGAAACUUGACAUUGGAUUGUCGUGUGCAGUAGGGUCAUCAGAAACUGGUCUAAGCCGGCCAAGAGAGGAACCUGAAGUCACUGAAGAGUUCCAUGAUGCUGACUGGAGUGAUCUCAUAGAAUCUCAGCUAGAGGAGCUCAUACUGAGUAAUUUGGAUGCAAUUUUCAGGAGUGCAAUCAAGAAAAUAGUGGCCUGUGGUUAUAGCGAAGAGAUUGCAAAUAAGGCUGUUCUGAGGUCUGGUAUUUGCUAUGGGUGUAAGGACAUUGUGUCAAAUAUAGUGGACAAUACUUUAGCAUUUCUUAGGAAUGGCCAAGAGAUUAAUCUAUCUGUGGAGCAUUAUUUUGAUAACUUGCAGCAGAUGGAAAAGUAUGUCUUGGCUGAAUUAGUUUGUCUUCUGCGAGAAGUUAGGCCGUUUUUCAGUACUGGUGAUGCAAUGUGGUGCUUGUUAAUAUGUGACAUGAAUGUGUCCCAAGCUUGUGCGAUGGACAGUGAUCCUUUGAGUAAUUCGGUUUUGAAUGGGGUGUUAAAUCACAAUCCCUCAGCUUUUGUGCAACAGUCGUUGAAAACAGAGAGUAACAAUGCUGAAUCCAACACAGUUAUUCCUUGUAAACCAAUCCCUUCAGUUUAUUGUCCAUCUGAAACACCAAAUGUAGAUUCAGAUGAGCAUAGGUCUCAGUUGGGAGCACCCACAGCUGUAGGUGUGCAACAUGUAAAGCCCCAAUCUUCCUUUGUUCUGAAUGGACUUAUCACAGAGAAAGAGUCUUCAAAUUCUUUGUUUGACACUGCUGAUAAGUCCUUCAGUGCAGCGGCAACAUCCCAUCCUUCUGCUGCAGAUGAAAAGUUGGUGGGCAGUAGAAAAGUUUCAGGAACCACUAGGAGGGAGUAUGUACUCAGACAGAAGUCCAUUCAUCUGGAAAAACACUACAAAACUUAUGGUUCUAAAGGGUCUAGAGCGGGAAAAGUCGGUGGUUUAAUUUUGGAUAAGAAACUGAAGUCUGUGGCUUGCCCUGCUGGUUUGAAUCUAAAGAAUGCCUCACUAAAGUUCAACAAGUCUGCAGUUGCUGUGUCUCAAGACAAUGUAAACCAUAAUUGUUCUACAAAUAAUGAUACUGUAUUUCCUUCAACAUCGGUGUUUGGUUCAGACACAACUAAUGCCACCUCUGCAUUACUUAAACCAAAUAUCCCACCUUUGUUGCCACCUACCAAUACCUUACCUGCACUACCAAUGGCGGAUACGGAACUCUCCCUCUCAUUGCCUGCCAAGUGCAGCUCCAUCCAGGUGCCUACUUGUGGUUAUGCUGUGACAAACGAAAAACGCCUUAAUCAAUGGGCUGCCCAGGACAAGAAAGAUGAAAUGAUUCUAAAGCUGGUGCCCAGGGUUCAGGAAUUGCAGGGUCAGCUCCAAGAGUGGACAGAGUGGGCAAAUCAGAAGGUCAUGCAAGCUGCUCGUAGAUUGAGCAAAGACAAAGCUGAGCUUAAGACACUCAGGCAGGAGAAAGAAGAAGUUGAGAGGCUCAGAAAAGAAAAACAAACUUUGGAGGAAAACACUAUGAAAAAACUGACAGAAAUGGCGAAUGCCUUGGGUAAGGCUAGUGGACAGGUAGAUCGAGCUAAUGCUGCUGUCCACAGGCUUGAAGUUGAGAAUGCUGUGUUGAGGAGGGAGAUGGAAGCAGCGAAGUUACACGCAGCACAGUCGGCUGUGAGUUGUCAAGAGGUAUCAAAUAGAGCAAGGAAGGCACAAUUAAAGUUCCAGUCUUGGGAGAAGCAGAAAACAGUGCUCCAGGAUGAACUUGCUGCUGAAAAGCGUAAGUUGACUCAGCUGCAACAGGAAUUGGAACAAUCCAAAGAACUUCAAAGCCAACUGGAGGCUAAAUGGAAGCAGGAAGAAAAGGCAAAAGAAGAACUACUUAAACAGGCCACCUUGCUAAGAAAAGAGAGAGAACAGAUUGAAGCUUCAUCCAAAUCCAAAGAAGAUUUGAUCAAACUGAACGCACAAAGCAACUUGCAGAAGUAUAAAGAUGAUAUCGAGAAGCUAGAAAAGGAGAUAUCCCAGUUGAGGCUGAAAACUGACUCAUCAAAAAUAGCCGCUCUUAAAAGAGGCAUAGAUGGAAGCUAUGCAAGCAAGCUUACAGAUUUCAGAAAUCCUCCAGUGAUGAAGGAAACCCAUAUACCUUAUAUCUCCAGGUUUAUGGCAGAUUUCCAACACUACCCCAACUCCGGUGGGGUGAGAAGAGAACGCGAGUGCGUCAUGUGCUUGUCCGAGGAGAUGUCUGUGGUUUUCCUUCCAUGUGCCCAUCAGGUGGUAUGUACAACAUGCAACGAGCUCCAUGAGAAGCAGGGGAUGAAAGAUUGUCCUUCCUGUAGGAGUCCAAUCCAGCAGCGUAUUGGGGUACACUUCGCACGCUCCUAGUUUUUGUAUACAGACAGAAAUGAGUUAGUCUUCAAAAUAAUGAUUCAAAAAACUACUACCUAAGAAUAAUGCAUUUGGUCGACCCCUUUCAAAUGCUAUUACAGGUUACAGUUGAGCUUGUGUCCUAUGAUUUGUUUCAAAGUUAGAAAAAGAAAAGGUUUCUGUCAAAAUAUGGGGUUGUAAAUCAUGGUUCCCCUUUUCCCCUGAAUAAAACUUGUUUCAUUCAUUUUACACCUUUGUUAAUAUGUGAUUUUUUUUUUACCAA